AAGUAUUGGACACCCUUCCAAAUCAUUGGAUUCAGGUGUUCCAAUCACCUCCAUAGCCACAGAUGUAUAAAAUCAAGCACCUAGGCAUGCAGACUGCUUCUACAAACAUUUGUGAAAGAAUGGGUCGCUCUCAGGAACUUAAUGAAUUCAAGCGUGGUACUGUGAUAGGUUGCCACCUUUGCAAUAAGUCCAUCCGUGAAAUUUCCUUGCUACCAAAUAUUCCAUGGUCAACUGUUAGUGGUAUUAUAACAAAGUGGAAGCAACUGGGAACAACAGCAACUCAAUCACGAAGUGGUAGGCUGCAUAAAAUGACAGAGCGGGGUCAGCACAUGCUGAAGCGCACAGAAGUCGCCAACUGUUUGCAGAGUCAAUAGCUAAAGACCUGCAAUCUUUGUGUGGCCUUCAGAUUAGCACAACAGUGCAUAGAGAGAUUCAUGGAAUGGGUUUCCAUGGCUGAGCAGCUGCAUCCAAACCU